AUGUCAUACGCAAAUAUCGCUGCCACCAACGCACCACCAGAGUCUGAACAGGUCAAGCCAAGUAAUGUUUACUUGGAAGGCCAGAACCACACAGAAGAAGCUGGACUACCAGAUAUUGACACUAAAGUGAACGUCGUUGAACAUGAUUUCAAAGACCACCCAUCCACAGAAGGUGCUCAAGCUGCUCAAGCUGCAGAAAAGAGACAGCAAGAAGAGGAGAGAAGAAAAGGACAAACUGAGAAGAAACAGCCAUCAAAGCCUAAAUCAAAGGCAGAGAAGAAGAUUGAAAAGGCAGAGCAAGCUGGACUCAGUUUGGUACAAAGAGUCAAGAACUUUGCUGGUGACCGUAAGACACAACAGCUUGCACUUUCGCUAGUAAACGUAUCCAUCUUAUCUGCGACUGGUUACCUUGGUUACAAGCACUGGAAUGAACGCUGGGAUCGCAGGUUUGUUUCAGCUGCAUCUGUCACAAUAUUAGCACUCGCUACUGGACAAGGUUACGUCUCAAAAAGUAAAUAA